AAGAGAGAGUGCGAAGGGAGCAUAGUAAAGAGCAACCCGGUUUAUUUUAAUAAUAAAUCGUGACGUGGAAGGAGUGUGGCAUGCGUUAGUCAAACCGGAGGCUGAGUAGCUUUUUUCUUUCCAAUAUAAUUUCCCAGUCUCUGUGUCUUCGCUUUAUUCCUUCUUCUCUAUAUGAAAUACCAAUAUUUCAUAUGUACGGAGUUUACACCUUACACCACAUACCUCGCUGCAGAACCUACCGUCCUACCCUUUCCCCUCCUCCCUCUCAACAUUAAUGGCAGCGCUGAGAAGACUCGUUGCUCAUAAUCCUAAUUUAUCAUACGCUUCCCUUCUUCCUCCAGCUCUUCUAAUUUGUUGCAGAGGAAUAGCUUCCAAGCUUUUCGUCGGAGGAUUGUCGUUCUACACGACAGAGAAAGGAUUAUCAGAAGCAUUUUCUCAACAUGGUCAAGUUGUUGAAGCUAAAAUUGUGACGGACAGAGUCUCAGACAGAUCAAAAGGAUUUGGAUUUGUGACCUUUGCAUCAGAAGACGAAGCCGAUAAAGCCAUUACAGAGAUGAAUGGAAAGACAUUGAAUGGACGUGUCGUCUUUGUGGACUAUGCAAAGGCCAAAUCCAAUUUUGGGGGUGGAAUGCCAAUAGCCAGAGGGCCUCCAGAACCGAUUGUGGCUGACAAUUGAUUACUUACAAGAAGAUGUUAUUUGUGCAAGGACCACUAUCAGGAAAAAUUGGUUACCAGCUCAUACCUUCAAAUCAUACGCAUCUCCGAACAAUCUUUGAAUACAGUUUUUUUCUCCGUACGUUUUUAUAGGAAUGUGUGUUAGUUGGGAACAUAAGACAAUUUCGUUUGGUUAUACAGUUCAGAUGAGAUAAGAUGUUUUAUUGAAAUUUGAAUAAAAUAUUUUUAUAAUAUAAUUUUAUAAUAUUUGUUU